CCGUGUGGCUCACUCGAGCCAGGACUGCCGAAGGGAAGGGUAAGAAGAAAUUGCAAAAUGAAGACUGCUUUAAUUUUGCUCAGCAUUUUGGGAAUGGCCUGUGCUUUCUCGAUGAAAAAUUUCCAUCGAAGAAUCAAAGCAGAGGAUUCUGAAGAAAACGGGGUCUUUAAGUACCGGCCACGCUACUUUCUUUAUAAGCAUGCCUACUUUUAUCCUCCUCUGAAACGGUUUCCAGUCCAGGGAGGCAGCGACUCUUCCGAAGAAAAUGGAGAUGGCGACAGUUCCGAGGAGGAGGGGGAGGAAGAGGAGACUUCAAAUGAAGAAGAAAACAAUGAAGAUUCUGAGGGGAAUGAAGACCAGGAGGCCGAGGCAGAGAAUGCCACACUUUCCACACUCUCAGGUGUAACAGCUAGCUACGGAGCAGAGACCACACCCGAAGCACAGACUUUUGAGUUAGCUGCACUCCAACUGCCCAAGAAGGCUGGAGAUGCAGAAAGCAGGGCUCCAAAAACAAAGGAAAGCGACGAGGAAGAAGAGGAAGAGAAAGAGGAAGAAAACGAGAACGAAGAAGCAGAAGUGGAUGAAAACGAGCUGGCGGUCAAUGGCACCAGCACCAACUCCACGGAGGUGGACGGCGGGAAUGGCAGCAGUGGAGGAGACAACGGAGAAGAAGCCGAAGCAGAGGAGGCAAGCGUCACAGAAGCAGGUGCAGAAGGAACCACAGGAGGCAGGGAGCUGACCAGUGUUGGCACCCAGACAACUGUCCUUCUGAACGGGUUUCAGCAGACGACCCCCCUGCCCGAAGCCUAUGGGACCACCUCGCCACCGAUCAGAAAGAGCAGCACCGUUGAGUAUGGGGGAGAAUACGAACAAACGGGCAAUGAGUACAAUGGUGAGUAUGAAGUCUAUGACAACGAGAACGGGGAGCCUCGCGGCGACACUUAUCGAGCUUAUGAGGACGAAUACAGCUACUACAAGGGGCAUGGCUAUGAAGGCUACGAGGGUCAGAAUUAUUACUACCAUCAGUGAAGGCCCCUCCCCGGGGAUAAU